CCUACCAAAAAAACUCAUUAUUAAAAGAACCUUGGCAGAGUUCACAUCAGAAAUCUGUACAAGGCGAGUUUAACCCAUUGGUAUAUUUCCGUCAAGAAAAGCGACCGGACAGAAGGAAGAACAGAAGUAGUAGAAAAAAGGAAGAACAGAAGUAGUAGAAAAAAAGGAGAACGGGUAAAAGAGCUGAGGAAGAACAAACGGACCAAAGGAGCACUUACUUGAGGUACUUAAGUUGCUUUAAGUUCAUUUGAACUUUGCUUGGCAUUGCUUAUGGUUGCAUACCACUGAGGCAGGAUUGAUGAUCAACGUCCGCACCGCUACGCAACCCGGUUGAAUCAACAGAGGAACAUGGACCAAGUGCAAGCUGAGUUGGCUGAGAUGAGAGCUAACAUGGCCCAAUUCAUGACCAUGAUGCAAGGGGUCGUUCAAGGGCAAGAGGAGCUACGUGCCUUAGCCCAGAGACAAGAAGCUGUGAUCCCACCUGCCAGUCGUGCUUCACCAGUGGGUGCCCCUAUUAAUGAUAAUGUUGUUGCUGCUGCCCCCGUCAAUGACUACGCCGUGGGUGAUGAGUUAAGGGGAAUCAGAAUCAAUGGACAACCUCUUGCUGUAGAGACUGUUAAUGCUAGAAUGACUCGUGCUCCGAUUCGCCAUCCUGCUCCGCUGGUUGACAGGCAGGAGGAUAUGUUCACCUUGCUCAGUGAGGAUGACGAAGUUGUAAGGGUUGAAGAGAGGGACAGAAAGGUUGAUGCCCUAGCUGAGAAGAUCAGAGCCAUGGAGUGUCAGAACUCUUUGGGGUUUGAUGUUACGAAUAUGGGGUUGGUGGAAGGAUUGAGAAUUCCUUAUAAGUUCAAAGCGCCUUCCUUUGACAAAUACAGCGGUACCUCUUGUCCUCGCACCCAUGUGCAGGCUUACUACAGGAAGAUCUCUGCUUAUACCGACGAUGAAAAGAUGUGGAUGUAUUUUUUCCAGGAUAGCUUGUCUGGAGCUUCCUUGGAUUGGUACAUGAAGCUGAAAAGAGAAUCCAUCAGAAGUUGGAGAGAUCUGGGUGAAGCCUUUUUGAGGCAAUACAAACACAAUAUGGACAUGGCUCCAAGCCGGACUUAGUUACAGAGCUUAUGUCAAAAAUCAGGAGAAAGUUUCAAAGAGUACGCCCAGAGAUGGCGGGAAUUAGCUGCAAGGGUGCAACCCCCUAUGCUGGAGAGGGAGUUUACCGAUAUGUUCAUCGGGACCUUACAAGGUGUGUUUAUGGACCGGAUGGGGAGUUGCCCAUUCGGUAGUUUCUCUGAUGUAGUGAUCUGUGGGGAGAGGACAGAAAGCCUUAUUAAAGCUGGAAAGAUUCAGGAUGUUGGUUCUUCGUCUUCAAAGAAGCCAUUUGCUGGGGCACCCCGUAGGAGGGAGGGUAAGACUAAUUCCAUGCACAGUCGGAGAAAUACAAACAGAGGUCAGUAUCGCCAGGUUGCUGCUGUAACCAUCCCAGCACCUCAACCGCGACAACAGCAACAACAAAGAGCACCACCACCACCACAACAACAACAACAACGUCCGUUUCAGCCGAGACAGAGGAUGUCAGAUCGUCGUUUCGACCCGUUACCUAUGACAUACGCUGAGUUGCUGCCCGAGCUGCUCAGGUUGGGGUUUGUUGAGUUGCGUACAAUGGCUCCGUUGACGAAGAUACCUGCUGGGUAUGAUGCCAACGUUCGUUGUGACUUCCAUUCCGGUGCACCGGGGCAUCAUAUAGAGAAUUGUCGGGCUUUUCAUCAUAAGGUCCAGGACUUAAUUGACGCCAAAACAGUCAAUUUUGCUCCUGUGCCUAAUGUUGUGAAAAAUCCUAUGCCUCAGCAUGGUGCGCAUAGGGUGAACAAUGUGGAAGAUGGGGAAGCCGAAGACUUGGUAGUUGAUGUUGGUGAGGUCCAGACGUCGCUGUUUGUUGUGAAAGAGCGUCUGUUGAAUGGGGGAGUGUACCCGGGCUGUGAGAAGGGCUGUUCAGACUGUGAAGAUUCUAAGAAUGGUUGUAUGUAGUUGAAGAACGGUAUCCAGAGUCUGAUUGACGAGGGUUGUUUGCAGUGUGCUAGGGCUGUGAAAGAACAUGGGAUGGUGUCAAUUGUCACCAUUUAUUUCAAACCGUCUGAAGGUUCUGGACGUGGCCAGAGAACUGUCAGUGCACCUGUAACCGUUGGUACUCCUGUUACCAUUUCUGCUCCAGUAACUGUUAGUGCUCCCACUACUAUUGUUGCUUCUGGUAGAAGUCAGAUCCAACCAGUUAAUCAGUCUCCAGUGACUAUUGGUUUGCCGAGUAAAGCUCCUGUGACUGUUGGUCCGGUUGUGGACAAUGUAGGAGGACCCGGAGGUUUCACAAGAAGCGGUCGUCUGUUCGCACCACAACCUUUGAGAGACAACAAUGCUGAGGCUCUCGCCAAAGCGAAGGGUAAGCAAGUUGUGGUUGAAGAGGAACCCGUGCCGAAGAAGGCGCCUGAGGGUUCGUUUGAGAAAGAUGUGGAGGAGUUUAUGAAGAUUAUUAAGAAGAGUGACUACAAGAUUGUAGAUCAGCUGAAUCAAACUCCGUCCAAAAUUUCUAUACUCUCAUUGCUAUUGUGCUCUGAGGCACACCGUAAUGCCUUGCUGAAAAUGUUGAAUCUGGCUUACGUGCCUCAGGAAAUCUCUGUCAACCAGUUGGGGGGUGUGAUUGCCAAUGUGAGCACGAGGCAUGGUUUGGGGUUUACAGAUUUGGAUCUGACACCUGAAGGUCGCAACCAUAACAAGGCCCUGCAUAUCACCAUGGAGUGUAAGGGUGCAGUGUUGUCUCAUGUGCUGGUGGAUACGGGAUCCUCGUUGAACGUGUUGCCCAAGAAGAUUCUGAGUAAGAUAGAUGUUGAAGGGUUUGUCCUCACUCCGAGCGAUCUCAUUGUUCGAGCUUUUGAUGGAUUCAAAUGGUCUGUUUUUGGUGAAGUCACGUUGCCAGUGAAGAUUGGCCCGGAGGUGUUUGAUAUUAUCUUCUAUGUGAUGGACAUCCAUCCAGCAUAUAGUUGUUUAUUGGGGCGUCCCUGGAUACAUGGGGCUGGGGCAGUUUCGUCAACUCUCCAUCAGAAGCUGAAGUAUGUAUGGAAUGGUCAGAUUGUGACUAUGUGCGGCGAGGAGGACAUUCUGGUGAGUCAUUUAUCCUCUUUCAAGUACGUGGAGGUGGAUGGAGAGAUCCAUGAAACUCUGUGUCAGGCAUUCGAGACCGUUGCUCUUGAGAGGGUGGAUUUUGCUAAGCAGAAGAAGCCAAGUGCCUCAAUUGCAUCCUACAAGCAGGCUAUGGAGGUUGUCAACUCAGGCAAGGCAGAAGGCUGGGGCAAGAUGGUGGAUCUGCAUGUCAAAGAAGACAAAUUCGGUAUUGGUUAUCAACCUCUACAGGAAGAGCAGGGCGAGCAGAAAGGGCCGAGUUCCUUUACCAGCGUCGGGCUGAUGAAUCAUGGUGACGUCUUUGCAGCCAGUAGUGAAGACGGAGACAGUGAUUGUGAUCUGAACAACUGGGUUCGCCCGUGUGCACCAGGGGAGACAAUUAACAACUGGGCGGCUGAAGAAGUGGUCCGAGUUACUCUUCAAACAGAGUAAUUUUCUUUUGUUUUUCAUUUUGCACAAAACCCUACGUUCUGCCCAAGGCGUAGUGGUUCAUUGUAGGGCCUCAUCAUGUUUUACAAUGAUAUCAUUAAUAAAGGACGUUUUGCAAACAAUUUUGUGAUCCCUGUCUUUCUGUUCUUGUUUUCAUUCUUUUUAAAAAAACAAUAAAAAUGGCAAUGUUUUUUUGUUUUUGUGACUUUCUUGAACUCUUUUCUAAAAUAAAGCAUUAAACAUGCAGAAGUGAUCCUACGGACUCCACUAUAAACAGUUCUGUUAUGGCUCAGUAUGAUUUCAAUAAUCGCAUCUACCAAGCUGAAGAGGAGAGUGAGAAAGACUGUGAACUCCCCAAAGAACUGGUCAGAUUAUUGAAGCAGGAGGAAAGGGUCAUCCAACCUCAUCAGGAGGGAAAUUAUUAACCUGGGUACUGAGGACGCCAGAAGAGAGAUCAAGAUCGGGGCUGCUUUGAAGGAAGAUGUCAAGAGAGGGCUGAUUGAGAUGCUGAGAGAAUAUAUGGAGAUAUUCGCCUGGAAGUAUCAAGAUAUGUAUGGGUUGGAUACAGAUAUUGUGGUGCAUAGACUACCUCUCAGAGAAGAUUGUCCUUCAGUCAAGCAGAAGCUUCGCAGAACUAGUCCUGAUAUGGCUGUCAAGAUCAAGGAAGAGGUUCAGAAGCAGUUGGAUGCGGGUUUUUUGUCAGUUACUACCUAUCCCCCCUGGGUGGCCAACAUUGUUCCCGUGCCGAAGAAGGAUGGCAAAGUCAGGAUGUGUGUCGAUUACCGGGAUUUAAACAGAGCGAGUCCGAAAGACGACUUCCCAUUACCUCACAUUGAUGUAUUGGUUGAUAAUACUGCUCAAUCCUCGGUUUUCUCUUUCAUGGACGGUUUCUCUGGCUAUAAUCAGAUUAAGAUGGCGCCAGAGGACAUGGAAAAGACGACAUUCAUUACACCUUGGGGCACGUUCUGUUAUAAGGUGAUGCCAUUUGGGCUGAAGAACGCCGGUGCUACCUAUCAGAGGGCUAUGACGACUCUGUUUCAUGACAUGAUGCACAAAGAGAUUGAAGUGUACGUGGAUGAUAUGAUUGCGAAGUCGCAGACAGAAGAGGAGCAUCUGGUAAAUCUGCAGAAGUUGUUUGAAAGGUUGAGAAAAUUCAAACUGAGGCUGAAUCCAAACAAGUGUACGUUUGGGGUGAGAUCUGGGAAGCUGUUGGGUUUCAUUGUUAGUGAGAAAGGGAUUGAGGUUGAUCCAGCAAAAGUCAAAGCUAUUCAAGAGAUGCCUGAACCAAAAACUGAAAAGCAGGUUCGUGGGUUUUUAGGGAGAUUAAACUACAUUGCACAGUUUGUAUCUCACCUAACUGCCACGUGUGAACCGAUAUUCAAAUUGCUAAGGAAGAAUCAAGCAAUCAGGUGGAAUGAUGACUGUCAAAAAGCUUUUGAUAAGAUAAAAGAGUAUUUACAGAAACCUCUAAUCCUUAUACCUCCAAUGCCUGGGAGGCCUCUGAUAAUGUACUUGUCAGUGACUGAGAACUCGAUGGGGUGUGUAUUGGGACAGCAUGACGAGUCUGGUCAAAAAGAGCAUGCCAUAUACUACCUUAGCAAAAAGUUUACCGAUUGUGAAAUAAGAUAUUCGCAGCUCGAGAAAACUUGAUGUGCUUUGGCCUGGGCUGCUCGCCGACUGAGGCAGUAUAUGCUGAACCAUACUACCUUAUUGAUUUCUAAGAUGGAUCCAGUAAAGUACAUCUUUGAGAAGCCGGCUCUCACCGGACGUGUUGCCCGUUGGCAGAUAAUUUUAACUGAGUAUGAUAUCCAGUACACGUCGCAGAAGGCCAUCAAAGGUAGUAUUCUGUUAGACUACCUUGUCGAGCAAUCGAUUGAUGAUUAUCAGCCGAUGAUGUUUGAAUUCCCUAAUGAAGAUAUCAUGUAUCUGAAGAUGAAAGAUUGUGAAGAGCCUCUUGUCGAGGAAGGACCGGAUCCUGAUGACAAGUGGACAUUGAUGUUUGAUGGGGCUGUGAAUGUGAAUGGCAACGGUGUUGGGGCAGUUCUUAUUAAUCCUAAAGGGGCUCAUAUACAUUUUUCUGCCAGGCUGACUUUUGACGUAACCAACAACGAGGCUGAGUAUGAAGCUUGCAUCAUGGGGAUUGAAGAAGCCAUUGAUCUGAGGAUCAAAACUCUGGACAUAUAUGGAGAUUCCGCUCUAGUGAUUAACCAGGUCAAUGGAGAUUGGAAUACUCAUCAGCCGCAUUUGAUUCCUUACAGAGAUUACACCAGAAGAAUACUGACGUUCUUCAAGAAGGUGAAGUUGUAUCAUGUCCCCCGAGAUGAAAAUCAGAAGGAUGAUGCCUUGGCUACUUUGUCUUCUAUGAUCAAAGUUCAUUGGUGGAAUCAUGUGCCACACGUUGCUGUGAAUCGACUCGAGAGGCCUGCAUAUGUGUUUGCAGCCGAGUCUGUUGUGGAUGAGAAACCGUGGUCCUAUGAUAUCAAGAAUUUCCUCAAGAGCCAGGAGUAUCCUGAAGGAGCGUCAAAGAAUGACAAGAAAACCCUGAGAAGGCUAGCUGGAAGCUUUUAUUUGAAUCAGGAUGAUGUGCUGUACAAGAGGAACUUUGACAUGGUUCUGCUCAGAUGCGUGGAUAGACACGAAGCAGACAUGUUGAUGCAAGAAGUGCAUGAAGGAUCUUUUGGUACCCAUGCUGGUGGUCAUGCAAUGUCGAAGAAGUUGUUGAGAGCCGAUUAUUACUAGAUGACUAUGGAAUCCGAUUGUUUCAAGUACGCUCGGAAGUGCCAUAAAUGUCAAAUCUAUGCUGAUAAGGUGCAUGUGCCACCAAGCCCUCUGAAUGUCAUGAAUUCGCCUUGGCCGUUCGCGAUGUGGGGCAUUGACAUGAUUGGGAAGAUUGAGCCUACUGCUUCUAAUGGACAUCGCUUCAUCCUGGUUGCGAUUGACUACUUCACCAAGUGGGUGGAAGCAGUUUCCUAUGCCAAUGUUACCAAGCAAGUGGUUGCCCGGUUCAUCAAGAAGGAAAUCAUCUGUCGUUAUGGGGUUCCUGAGAGAAUCAUUACUGAUAAUGGUUCGAAUCUCAAUAACAAGAUGAUGAAAGAGCUUUGUAGAGAUUUCAAGAAUGAACAUCAUAAUUCUUCUCCUUACAGACCGAAGAUGAAUGGUGCUGUAGAGGCGGCAAACAAGAACAUUAAGAAGAUUGUGCAGAAGAUGGUCGUGACGUACAAGGAUUGGCAUGAGAUGCUGCCUUUCGCUUUGCAUGGGUACCGUACCUCAGUACGUACGUCGACCGGGGCAACCCCUUACUCCCUUGUGUAUGGUAUGGAAGCGGUCCUACCUGUUGAAGUGGAGAUUCCUUCUCUGAGGGUCUUGUUGGACGUCAAGCUCGACGAAGCUGAGUGGAUUCGAACAAGGUUUAAUGAGUUGAGCCUUAUCGAAGAGAGACAGUUAGCAGCUGUGUGCCAUGGGCAGUUGUAUCAGAGAAGGAUGAAGAGAGCCUUUGAUCAGAAAGUGCAUCCUCGAAGCUAUCAGACUGGUGAUUUAGUUUUGAAGAGGAUCCUUCCUCCCGGUACAGAUAACAGGGGCAAAUGGACUCCUAAUUAUGAAGGUCCAUAUGUUGUUAAAAAGGUUUUCUAUGGUGGAGCCUUGAUACUUACAACUAUGGAUGGUGAAGAUUUUCCGUCCCCUAUUAACUCAGAUGUAGUCAAAAAAUACUUCGCAUAAAUUGACCCGCUGGACGAAAAGAAAAAAGAGUCCAGGCAAAAAAGGGCAUCCCGGCGAACCAAACAAAAAAAAAGAGGUUCGGGCAAAAGUUAGGGAUAAAAAAUGAAAAGAUCGUACACCCGGUAAGUUGAAAACCCGCAAGGGCGGCUUAGGCAAAAAGGGGUAUCCCGGUGGAUUGAAAACCCGAAAGGGCGAUCAAGGCAAAAGAGGGAGUAAAGCGAAGACUACAGUCUGAGUUAUCUGUACUUCAUCACGCUUCAGUGUCUACCAUCUCGAAAGAUGUGAUCGGUCCAGUCAUUCUUCUCAGAAAGCAAGGAAUUUGGGAAAAACGGAUGAUCUGUGAGUCAUAACAGAAUUGGGAAAUAGUGGAUGCCGUGUUCACAUUGCCAUUAGGAUAGUUUAUUUUCUUUUUGUGCGCAAUUACCUCUUCCUGGGAAUUGCUUCCUGAUGUAUUUGCCUUUUCAGGCCCAUUUUCAAUCAAUAAAAGUCGUUAUUCAGAUAAAUUGCUCUCUUGUUUUUAUUUUACUAUUUUGUUUGCAAAAACGUCCGAAUUUUUUGAUAAACAUUGCAUAUAAAAACAUGAAGGCUAUGUUGGUGUAAGCCCUAGAGGCCAAUA